AUGGAUUACAUCACACGAUCAAACCUGAUUGUGGGAGAAAUUUCCAGCCUGAAGCAAGCAAGCAAAGAGAACACAUCGUAUGAACUUAGUUUCUUCGGAACUGCCUUGGACUGCGAAACCACGAAUCGCGUCUUGGAAACCAAGAUCUCGCAAGUCAACACUUACGAUACUCUUUGGCAAAUCCGAAUGCCUGAACCUGAAUGUACGAUACAGACCGACGCAUGGCUAUCGUUGGUCCCAUUUUCUGGAAACACAUCUAUCACUUACCGUGUCUCCCAUUACCAAGAUACGGUACAGUAUUGGCCAUGUUUAGACAACAGUAGACUGAUGCCCACUAUCAAUGACUCGGAUGGAUAUGUCAUGGAACCUUUCGAGUUGCCGGGCUCUGGAAUACAUGUCCUUGUCCCUGUAACCGAAACAGUAUGCCAUCCAAAGAUAGUAGAAUAUCAGGUUACAAUAUCAGACGCUGGAGGCACACAGCAUGCAUCGUAUAUCAUAAACGAAGAUAUAUCUAUACCAGCAUGGACUCCGUAUCUUGUCAACUUCAACGGAAGUCUUGAGCAAUGGGCACAGCUCUCCGACGCUGUAAUGAUAUAUCAGGACUUUGCGAAGAGCUUCAACCAGUCCUCACACAAUCCGGUGGCUUAUAGUUCCAGAGCUCCCAGUAUGUCGGAUGAGACGAAGCUUUACACAACUAACAAUGGCACCCCGGUGGAAACAUGCGUGCUCGAAGCGGGCUGGACAACUAAUGUUUAUUCGCUUGGAGGAGAACCAGAUAUCGGGGCCACCGUUUGGCGCCUCGGGGUCUUCGCACAGCGACUUCCCAAGAGUGAUGAUCUUCGUAGCUGCCCAGCUUUUGAUCCUGAUAUGGCCAAUGAGCUACUCAUCAAUACUACAAUCUCUGCAUUGGCUCUCAACCAGCGAUUCGACACUGUCAAUGGAACAGAAACCCUCAAUUUCAAUGCCUACCAUUUCGAGAACAAGCUCGCCUUAAUCCUGCCAUACGGUUUAUCACUUGCACUCGCCGUACCAAUCCUAGCGCUAGGAUUUGUAGCUCUCUACGUUCAGAAUCACGGUGUUUCGGCCAUCGGUGGAGGGUUUUUGCAGCUUCUCAUGACGACUACUGGACGCACUUCACUCGAAGCGGUGAUUACGAAAGGCUCUGGCACGCUAGGUGGAUAUGAAAAUAUUUCAGAGGAACUCCGGGAAAUGGAAGUCAGGUUUGGGGAGCUGAUUGAAGUCAGUGGAGAAGAUCAGAAGGAGACCGACACGCUCUUGAGCGGACGUGAAGUGCAUGCAGGUAUGCAGGAAGACAACAGGUCACAGUCAGGUUUCGUUACUACGUCUGGGAUGGAGCGGUGCGAGAACAAUGUUUCAGUAGUGCAAAGAGCUGGUUUCGGUACAGUCGAUGAAGUGGGACUAUUCAGGAAGAAAGGAGAGUAG